CGAAUCGUUCAGACGAGGCACGUGUCAGUCCUAGGCACUAGGACCCUGCUGCAGGUGCAGCCGAGAUUUUUCAAUAAUGUGCAGUGCAGUCGCGUUCACAGGAGCGCGAGGGCAGCUGCUCCACAAUCUUCAAAACACUGAUCGCGAAUACUGAUCCAAAGACAUCAUCAUCUUGGCUUCUCCGCGACGCAGCGCAACAUCACUCCUCAUCGCCGCGCACAGCCGACAUGGCCUCAUCCGUGAGCGGAGCGGAGGAAGUGCCCGUGUCGGCGUUGACGCCCCUGAAGUUGGUGGGUCUGGUGUGUAUUUUCCUCGCGCUGUGCCUGGAUGUCGGGGCCGUGCUGAGUCCGGCGUGGGUCACCGCGGAUGACCAGUACCACCUGUCCUUGUGGGAAUCUUGCUGGAAGCUCGCUGCCUCCGCGACCUGGCGGUGCAGCAGCACGCUGGGGACCGACUGGCAGAUUGCCACAUUGGCUUUGUUGUUGGGUGGAGCUUUCCUUAUCCUCCUUUCCUUCCUGGUGGCCCUGGUGUCUGUCUGCAUUCGCUCCAGAAGACGUUUCUACCGACCGGUCGCAGUUAUGCUCUUUGCUGCAGUGGUCCUACAGGCCUGCUGUCUGGUGCUGUAUCCUAUCAAGUUCAUCGAGACUAUCAGUUUGAGAAUAUAUCACGAGUUUAACUGGGGCUACGGUCUGGCCUGGGGAGCCACCAUCUUCUCCUUCGGAGGAGCCAUUCUCUACUGCCUGAACCCUAAGAACUACGAAGAUUACUACUAAACAUGCUACGACACCCACAAUGCACUUCAAUGUACUCUUCACUGUUGUGAUAGCAGCUCAUGCACUGAACUUUUGUUCGGAACCUGCUCUUGUCGCAAACACACAGACCCUCAAAAUGCAGAGCAAUGCCGAGCUGUUAGAUGCGUACAUGCAGUCUCUUUUUCCUCAGAUUAGUCUAUCAUUCAAUUAAACCUCUUCAUCAAACUUCAAACAUCAACCUAUGUUCACAGGAAUACUGCCAGUCUGUGAUGUAAUCAGUGGAGAAACCUCCAUCUGUGGUGGGAUUUGAAACAAGGCAGACAGAAAAUUAAACUGCCAUGAUAGGCACAUUCAUUUUGAGACUUGAAAGAUAGACGGUUUUAAAGGCUUGGAAUGCAUCCAAAAACAUAAAAUCAUGCAAUUUGCAAAAAAAGAAAGAUGUUAGUACAGUAAAGUACUAAUCAGCCAGUAUCAGUAUAAUAUAGGUAUACUUUAUAUAAUAUCAGUAUAGUAUAAGUAUAAUGAUAAAAUGGUCACAUUAGCAAAAUCUUGAGGAGUCACUUUCAAAAUAGGCAAAUUUUACCUGGAAAAUUUGAACCCAUUGCAAAAUCUGCAUGGGGAAAUAUUUUGCCUCAAGCAAAAUUCCUGAUCGCAUCCUAAAUGACUGUUUCAAACAUGAAAAUUUGCUAUACAAUUCUAGACUUUAGCUUACCUCAAGGGCAUCCAAGAUGUAGGUGUCUUUGUUUCCACAGCAUUUUCAAUUUU